AUGGGUCAUAUGAUAAGUUCGGAAUCCAAUGUCUCAAUUCGAGCAUCAAUCCAUCCUCACGAAUCAUUCACUCAUCUCCAGAUCCAUCAAUUUUUUUAUACUAGAUGCGUCACCCUCCUAAAACCAAUUGAAAUCUCAUUCCUAAAACAAGCAUUGGGGAUACUGGAAGAUGAUCCAGAUGCAUUUCAAUCCAGUAUAGAAAUAUCGAAAUCUGAACUAGGGAAAUUAUUAAAAUUGAAUUUGUCGCAAAAUGAUGAGAAACUUGAAAGUGUUGUGACGAUUUUGUAUGAUAGUAUGAAAGUGAUAGGACAAUUCCCAUUCCUUGGUGAUUAUAAUAAGGACAUAGUUGAUGAAAAGCUUACUUUGCAGGAGUUUGUGAUUUCGGUUAUUUUCUUUAGUGGGAGGCAUAAAAAUCUUAUGGAUGAUAAUUUUUUGAGAUUGUUUUAUAUGUCAUUGGCCUUACCGUUGUCGGUCAAGCUGAACAACAGUAAGGAACAGAAUUCACUGGAAGAAGUGGCCAUGGUGAAGAAGGAUCAGGAAGAAAAGGGGGAUAAUAAAAGUCAAGCUGACACCAAAGAGUUGAUUCCCAAUGGAACUUCCAAGAUUGAGGACGAGGAAGUAAUGCAUAAAAUCAGAGUAUUAAUGGACAUAGAGCCAGAAGAUCCCCCGGAACUAAAAUCCAGAAAAAUAUGUUGGAGUGACAUGUGUAAUGGUAAAGAAUUUGAGGGUAUAGAAGAAGUAGCUUUGUCGGCCGGGAGAUUACAUCAAAUUCUAGCAUUCAUGUUGUUGCUAAAUUCUAUAAAUAAACAAAAUCAUGAGGUUAUGAUUAAACAAAUAUCUGAGAAUGUUGUAUACUGGGAUAAAUUUGAAUUGUACUCUUUUUAUUUGUUGAAGUAUUUGAAGAUUGAUUUGAGUUUGCAUGACUUGGAGAAUACAUUUAUCUCGUAUGAAAAGUUUAGUGAAGGGAUUUCAUUGAUUUUGCCUGGGUUUAUUGAAUCCAAUUUAUAUAAUUUAAUGGGUUUGAGUAUCAUAUCAACAUUCACGAAAGCAGCCAAGUCUCCACCUCCAUCUCCAUUAAUCACCCACGAACAAACUCAACCCAGAAGAGAGAAGCCAAUUCCAGAAUUCAAGGAAUCGAAACUAGUUUCAAUCCCUUUUGUUUCCUACAUCUCAGCCAUCCUAAAAGGAAUAAACAGUCCUAUCCAAAUCACCCCUCAAAACAUAGUCAAACUCUUCGCCGGCUCAGACGCUGGAUUUUCAAUCCGAUCCCUAGAAUCGAAAAUCUUUAAAUGGCAAGCACCGACAUUAGUCAUCGUCAGUGGGAAACGACUCAAGAUGAAAACAAUGACAACUAAUAGUCGAUAUCAUAAAUUGCAGUCCGAAUAUCCUGGAUAUUUCUUAAAGCUGGAAAAUCCACUACGUGAAUGGCAAAGCGAGAAUGAUAAGAUCACCUACGCUGUCCUCAUUAACUCACCUUGGAAACAUUCAAAUAAGAAUAAUUUCGGUGAUGAGAAAUCAGUAAUCAUAUCUGUAAAACCCCAUGCUGAUGUGUUUAAAAGUGUUCACAAUGCCGCCCUAAAUGGACAACUGAUCUAUUUCAACAAUGUAGGAAUGGGAUUAGGAUUUGGGAAUAAUCAACCGAUAUGCAAAAACGACACCACCCGUCGAUAUUUCCCCGGAGAUGUUUCUUUGACUAUUGAUGCCAAUCUCGAAUUCGCGGUGUUUAGACACUUGGUCUCCAAUCUGACUUCCUCCAAUACUUCCUCUACAUAUUUCGAACGGUCUCAACAUCCAGUGAUCAGAGAUCAGGAUUAUGAGGAUAGGUUUGUGAUUAGUGAUUUGGAAGUCUGGGGAAUUGGAUCGAGUAAAGAAUUGGAAGAACAGAGAUUACAAUGGGAAUGGGAGAAUAAACAGGCUGAAGCUAGACAGAGUGUUAAUAUCAGAAGUUUGGGAGAGGAGAGAGCAUUUUUGGAAAUGGCUGGAUUGGUUGGAAAUCAUGGACAAGGUGGGUCAAUGUAG